CUUUUUUUUUUUCUUUUGCACUGUGUUUUGCUGUUCAGAAGAUAAACCUGGGAUAACACAUUCUGACAGAGAAGAUGAAGUCCCUUUUGGUUUUUCUCAUCACCUGUGUGACCCUGCUCUCACGGUGUCACGCUACUCCUCUGUUCUACAACACAUCCGUGGACGGCAGCGGUGAUGAAGCGGAGCUAGAGCUCCUAUUUCCAACCUCUUUCUCCACUCGAGCACCUGUUCACAUCUCCACUGCUACCGGAGCUCCCACCCUCACCAACACCAUCACCAACACCAUCACCACCACCAUGAUACGCCUGAAGGACUUCGUCUUUACCCGAGUAGUGGACUUCCUGCAGGAGAAUCUGCUCAUCAUCAUCGUCGUGUCCUCUCUUCUCAUCGUCAUGGUCUUCAUCAUCUGCUGUGCCUCUGCCAUGAGUCAUAAGAGAAAGCUGGAGGCCUACAAACCCCCUCCUCAUCCAAACAAGAAGUAUGUGGCUGAUAAAACAGGCGGACGCAACAAUUCAAGCGAGAUCCAGGAGAGGCCGUACGCCGUCGACCAUGUCAAGAGGGUCCAGACUCAGAGCAUGGCCUCCCCCAAACACCUACGCGUGCCCUCCAAGGCUCUGGUGGGAGAGAGGGGUAGAGACGUCAGGUCGUCACCUCGCCAGGACGUCAGAAAGGUCAGGGAGGCAGAGGAGGUGGAAAAGCGGAGAGAGGAGCCCAAGCACAAAGAGCAGCCCAAGCGCAGGGAGGAGGUGCAGCAGAGCUCCAGCCCCAGCACCAGCUCCGCUCAUUCAGUGUGCACCUGCCACCUGAAAAAGGCCCACCACUAAGGCAUGUUCAAGCCUGAUGUUUGCAUAAGAGGGAAAAUGUUGCAACCAUGCAAAAACAAAAUCAGAAAGGUUGGUUAUACCGCACACAUUGUGAUUCAAAUCUGAAAUACCUUCUUACAACUGCCAAAAAGAAAAUGUAUUUGUGAGGCUCAUGCCCUUAUAUGAAAAAAAAACAGUUAAAUCUAAAUGUUCAUGAAAAUAUGAACUAAUGCCUGAUGUAAAAAUGAAAAUGAUAGAAGAUAUGUGACUAGAAAUCAAAAUACUGAAUUGUGUUGCUACAUUCGUUGUCCUUAGUCUUGCAGUGGCCAACCAGUUGUUGUUUUUUUAAUCAAGGAUUACCACAGAGUCCCAGCCGCUUAAUAUCAUAUCACUGUGCCGAUGAAGUAGCAUCACUUGAAACCAUGAAAUAAACCAUUUUCUCAUGGAUAUGAUUUUUGUUAGAGGAGAAAGACAACAACAAAAUGAUUUUAAAAAUAACAAAUGGGCAGCCUGUAAUUCCCCAUCCUUUCCAAAUAGAAAUGACAAAAAUAGUAAGUGUUAAUGUGUUUUUAAUACAGAGAUGUAUGAUUCCAUAUGCCUGCCUAGACAGAGGAAUCUCCUCAGUAUGUCCUGCUGUACGCCGUGGCAUCUUUUCAGCAGCUAAGAGCUUUGGCUGAACCAGUCUGUUAUCUAGAGAUAAAUCUUUGCUGCUGUAGAUAAAGCAAAGUGAGAAGCCAGUAAACUUGAUUUGUUGGAUAAGAAACAAAUAAUCUCUUUAUAUUUACAUUCAUAUUUACUUAAUUUUGUUUGCAUAAUGUUAUUUUAUGUCAUAGCAUAUUGUAUUUUACAUUAAGAGCCUAAUUCUCAAAGCUUUACACCAAAAGCACAAUUUACAACUGUGUUAUUUCUGGGAAGUAAAAACAUACAUACAUACAUACAUACAUACAUACAUACAUACAUACAUACAUACAUAUAUAUUGAUUACGUGACAUCUGUCUACAUGUGGUUGAUCAUUCUGAUCUGCCUUCAACAUUAAGAGCAGUGUUUCAUUGGUGUAUAAAAACUUUGUGAAUCAGUUUUUGUUUUUAAAAGUAAUACUUAUGUAUAAGAUAAAUUAUGGGUUUUGUUUUUAAUGUAAUAAUUUGUAAUGAGUCAAAUACUUGAGUACAGGGAUAGAUAGCUGGCCUGUUUUGCUGGUGUAAUAGAUUUAACUUUGACUCAUGGUGGCUAAAAAAAAAAGUACUGAGAAGGGUAUAUUUGUCAUAUUCAUCUUAUUUUCUUUUAUUAAAAAUUCAGAUUACACUGGAGAUCAUUUGUAUAAACUCUCCAACUCACUGUCCCGUUACUCAAGUUAAUGACUGAGCAUCUAAACCAAUGACUUCUGUCAUGUUUAACUACUCUUUAACCUCAGAUUGUUGUCCUCAGAUGUUUUCACACAGGUGCUUCUUCUGUGAGUUUUAUUGUUUACAAAAUGGCAGUUUUGUUUUUCUUAUGUUGAAUAAAAUUGUUGAUAAUGA